UUAAAGCAAUCGCUUAGCGGUAAACAAGCAACUUAAUAUUGCUUAUUAUGAUUUUAAUUAUGCUCACAACUUAAUCAAUGCUUGUUUAAUCGCCAACAGCUUAUAGACUACUGACCUUAGCUUCAAACUUUGUGCACAAUAUGUGCAAAUAAUUAAAGGACGAAAAUGUUAGACAACGAACUUGACACUUCGGCGAAAAUCCACAAGUCGGCCUAGAGAAGUCUUGGGGCAUAAACAUAAACUAAGCUCAUUAAGUAUUCAUUAAUGCAGGCUGUCAAGAAACUCACGUUAGUCUUUAAUGCUCAGAUUGUGUAAUUGGCUGGCAAAGCUAUAAACACUUAUGCCCACAAUCCUGGUUAGCUUGCCAGGUGUCCCGGAUGGGCUGUGAAAUUUGCAUAAUUCACUAAAAUUGAGCGCUGAAUUAAGCAAGUAGCUACUCGAAAAUGCACUCAACAAAAACCGCUAAUACAAUUUGACACCAAGGUAGUUUGACAUUGCCACAUCCUUUCACAAUAUGCAACCAAUGCCUUAGUAUAUAAGCGUGCGAUAUCAACAGUUUUGUUAUCAGUCGAGUUCCAACUGUUCCAAGCAGUUACCAGCAGCAUGUUCAACAAAUUCAGCGUCACCUUAGCCAUGCUCCUAGCGCUCUGCGCGCUGAGCAGCUCCAGGGAAGUCAACAUGAGACUCUGCAGCGAUAUGCUUAAUCAGGCGCUCAGCAAAAUGUGCGAAAAAACGGGCUUCAACGACAUGGUGUCCAAGCGCAGCUCAUAUGCUGCUUUGGGCUUUGAUCCUAUCGAUCCCAUUCAAUUCAUUGAGGCGAAAGAAUCCGCGGAUGUUUUGCCAUAUCCCUUGUCUAAUGGACGUAUGAGUGAUUUCUACGAUAACAAUGUGAUCAGCUCGCUGACAGCCACACGACGCUUAACCCGCAACGGCAUCAUCGAGCAUUGCUGCAUGAGAGCGUGCUCCAAAUACGAGUUGAGCGGCUACUGCAGGGCUCCUUAAACAGUGAAGAACCCCAAUCAGAGUACAUGAGCCUGUGUAAUUACCUUUUUGUUAUCUACACAGAUUCUUGCUUAUUUAUAUA